AUGUUCCCAAGAGUGGCCUGGGUCCACAGAGGCCUGCUCCGUUCCUGUGCUAGGCUCCCUGUGUGCAUGAGCAGCAGUGGGAUAGGCCAAAAAGGCAUCCUAGCCAAUCAGGUGGCCGUGGUCACGGGGUCCACUGAUGGGAUCGGCUUCGCCAUUGCCCGGCGCCUGGCCCAGGACGGGGCCCGCGUGGUGAUCAGCAGCCGGAAGCAGCAGAACGUGGACCGGGCAGUGGCGGCGCUGCAGGGAGAAGGGCUGAGUGUGGUGGGCACUGUCUGCCACGUGGGGAAGGCUGAGGACCGGGAGCGGCUGGUGACCAUGGUCCUGGAGCACUGUGGGGGUCUUGACUUCCUGGUGUGCAAUGCAGGCGUCAACCCGCUGGUGGGAAGCACCUUGGGGGCCAGUGAGCAGGUGUGGGACAAGAUCCUGGAAGUGAAUGUGAAGGCCCCGGCCCUGAUGUUGAGCCAGCUGCUGCCGCACAUGGAGAAGAGAGGGAAGGGGGUGGUCAUCCUGGUCUCCUCCAUUGCAGCGUAUAUACCAAGCGUGGAGCUAGGUCCCUACAAUGUCAGUAAGACGGCCCUGCUGGGCCUCACCAGGACACUGUCAUUGGAGUUGGCCCCCAAGGGCAUUCGGGUGAACUGCCUGGUUCCAGGAGUGAUCGAGACUGACUUCAGCAAAGUGAUAUACAAGAAUGAGGCUUUCUGGAACAUCGUCAAGGAAAAUUACAAGCUGCAGAGGAUUGGGCAGCCUGAGGACUGUGCAGGACUUGUGUCCUUCCUGUGCUCUCCGGACGCCAGCUACAUCACCGGCGAGAGCAUCUCGGUGGCUGGCUUCUCCCCUCAUCUCUGAUGGAGCGAAGGGGGUCUGGGCCUAGGAGCCUGGGGGUCACUAAGGUCUGAAGGUCGCCAGACAAUGACGCCAGGGGCUUGUUUGUGCCAGGCUCAAGGAAGGACCCCCAGUAUUCUUAUCUGCAUGACUGUUGUUAAUUUAGCUUCUGUGAUUCAACCAACAUGUGGGCUCUUGGUGUGGGGCUAUAAGCCAAUGAAGUUCAUGAGGCUGACACUUCCAAGGGAUCAUAAGGGAAAGGAGCAGAGACUCAGGCCCCUGACAUCUCCUGGCUUCUUAUUCGUCCUCUUGUGCUUUAAACAUUUCUUUCCUAA